GUCGUGUUUUUUGGUACUGUACGCUACACUCACUUGACCUUGCGGGUCUUCUUGACGUGUUGGGUCCUAAGAGUGUUAGGUUUCUCUGCAAAAUUAUGGAAGCCUGUGCAGCAAUUAUGAGGGAAAAUGUCGAUUUGAGUUCACAACUGAAUGAGCAAGACUUUCCUGCCCUCCCAAAAGCUGGGUUAUCUCGUCCUGUCAAAGCGUUAGGUGCAUUAAUACCUUCCUACCAAGCAAAAACUACGGAAGUCUUGGAAAUACCCUUUGAGGAGAGACGAUUCGUUAACAAUGAGGACGAUAAUCUUUCAGCCGGUAGAAGAUACAAUGUUCAGAGUAAAAUCUGUAUGGAAAUCGCAAGAGAUACAAAUGUUGAAAUGAAUUUGAACAGCUCCAAAAAUCAUAUUCUGACGGUCGUUAUUUCAGGAGAGCCAAGCAGAGUGGCUGAAGCAAAGAGAAGGGUGGUAGCUGAGUUACAACAACAGGAAACUGUUCGAAUUUCUGUUCCUGUUGAGUGUCGGGGUUAUUUAAUUGGUCGGAAGGGGGAGCGAUUACAAGAACUGGAGUCAUCCACGAUGACACGGAUUAGCAUUCCACCUCACAAUGCGCUUGAUCCAAAUGUCGUCAUUGUUACAGGUCCCAGAAGAGGGAUUUUAAAAGCAGAAGGCCUAAUAUAUGAAAUUGUUCGCAAACAAUCCCAACAAGCGUUUGAACGGUUUUCGAUCCCAAAAAUUUACCAUCCUUUUAUAUGUGGGCCGAACAACCAGAUUGUAAAUGAUCUGAAGUCUCGAACUGACACUAAAAUCAACAUUCCUCCUCCAAAUGUAUCAGUCGAUGAAAUAACAGUUUCCGGCAAGCGCGAAGGUGUUGCACAAGCGGUUAAAGAGAUUCAAGCAAUAUAUAAUGAACGGCUUGAAACUACAAAGACAAUUACUGUUAAGGUCGCCAGAUCACAGCAUCGUAUCAUAUUCGGUCAGCGCGGUUCUGGAAUCGCAGAUAUUCUAGCUCAAACUGGUGUUUCCGUUGAACUGCCAGUGGAUGAUGGGAAUGAGGAGAUUGUUUUGCGAGGAAAACCCGAAGAUCUUGGACGUGCACUUACAAUGGUUUAUGAACGGGCUCAAAGCACCAUGACAGAAGAAAUCGAAGCACCUAAUCGCUUUCAUAGACUUUUAAUUGGAAGAGGAGGUUCUAAAUUAACAGAAUUACUGGAAGGAUACAAACGAGUUCAAGUAAGCUUUGGAGAUAACACCGACAGAAUCUCUGUUGAAGGUCCUUGUGAAGAAGUCGAAGUUAUUGUCGAGCGCUUAAAAAACCGCUUAGCAGAACUACAAGCUACUGUUGCUAUGGCGGCAGUAAAAGUAGAUCCCAAGUACUACCGACACAUAAUUGGUAAACAAGGAGCUACCAUUGGUCGUUUGCGUGACUAUAAAGUACGCGUUAGACUUCCUGAUUCAGAUCGAGGUGAUGCUUUCUCUGAUGAAAUAGUGAUAGAAGGCGAUCCAGUUGGAGUUGAAAAGGCAAAGCUUGAAAUUCAGCAAUUGGUGGAGAGACUGGAGAAUGAGAAAUGCAAAGAUGUGAUUAUUGAUCCUCAUAUCCAGAAUUUGUUACGUUCAACCAUAAAUGGAACUUCUUAUAUUCGUACCAUUUACGAAACAUUCCCUCAAGUACGUAUUAUAUGGCCUGAAAAUGAUGCAAAUGAUUCCAUGUUUGAAGAAAAUCCAACUAAAAGUAUUGUUCAACUAAGAGGUGAUCGUCAGCAAGUCGAUGCAGCAAGUGAAAAGUUAAACAAACUUAUUAAAUUAGUGAAAGAGGAGAACUAUAGACAAGAGAUAUAUAUUUUCAAAGAGGUACGGUCUAGUUUUCUUGGACGUGAAUAUCCAAGAGUGCGUAAAAUUCUUGAAGAUACACAAACACGUCUGCAAAACCCUAGUGUUGGUUCUAAUCCUGAAAUUUUCACUGUAAUUGGACGAGAGGAAAAUGUGCGCAGGGCAAUUGAACAGUUAGAAGAAUUACAAAAGAAACUGGCUACUGUUAAAGAAGUAACUGUUUCUAUACCAUCAGCUUUGACAACUAAAUUCGCUGGAGAUCAAGCUCCAAGUUUAAGGUCAAUUUGCGAACAGUGUGAAGGAGUACAUAUAAGAUUUGCAAAUAAUAAUCAUAAUAAAAAUACUAAAGGACAAGCAAAUAAAUUAAGUCAUAUGGAGAUAAUUGUACUUGGACCAGAAAAAGAAGUUCAACAAGCAUGUGCGUUGUUAGAUCAACUCAACGCAAGAGUAUCACAAUUAUGUGCUGAGGAAAUUGUUCAUGCCAAUCCUAGAUUUCAUGGUAUUCUUAUAGGCCGACACGCAUCGAACAUAACGCAGUUUCGUCGCCGUCAUAAUGUUGAAUUGGUGUUCCCUGAUCGUUUUGAAUCCGAUCCGAAAUUGGCUUGUGAAAUCCGAAUUGUUGGUACAAAAUCUGCGGUGUCGGAAGCGAAACGUGAAUUAGAAGAUGUUUUAAAAUCUUUGGAAGAUGAAGUGGAAAAAUCAAUUCCAGUUGAUCCGUCUAUAUUGAAAGGAAUUAACCAGUAUCGUCGUAAUUUCCCCAAUCCCGAUUUAGAAACUGUCCGUGUAAUAAUGCCUCGUUACAAUAAUCAUAUGCAAUCCAAUCCAGAAAAUUCAACUGAACAUUCCACUGAACCUUUGUAUAUUAAAUUAAUUGGCUCUAAAGCUUGUGUUGAAACUGCAGCUCAAAUUUUGCAACAAAUUAUCAAAGAUAUGCAAGAACAAAUAGUUCAAGAAUUUCCUUUCACUGAUCCUAGUCAUAUUUCUGUAUUGGAACGUAAUCGUUCGCAUCUGCCGGAACUCGAACGAUUAUAUAGAGUGCAGAUUAGAUUUAGUCGUUCAUUUGAUAAUUCUGACUUUGAUAGUUAUUCAACAUUUGAUGAGAGACCAGUUAAUCAAUCAGAGUUCCACCCUGUUUCUGGCAUUCUUGUGAUAACAGGCGUACAAGAACGUAUUAAUCAGGUAUUUGAAGAAGGCAUAAAACCUCUUCUACCGAUUGAAGAAACAUUCCCAGUUCCUCAGGAAUUUCAUCGUAAUUUAAUAGUUACUCCAUCAGAUACAACAACACGUGAACAGUCACGUCGUUCAUUGCGUGGCAAUAAUAAUAGUAAUAAACGGAAUAAUAAUGCGUCUGACCAAGUGACAAAUACAACUGCAGAAACUUUAUCUAAAGCUAUGGAAAUUAAACAAAAGCAUUCUGUUAAUAUACGUCUGCCACCUCAACAUACUUCUGGUUCCGACUACAUCUUUUUACGUGGUACACCAGCGAAUAUAGAAGCAGCUAAAGCUGAUCUAACCGAAUGGUUACAACAAUGUGAACUAAUAAAAGCGGAUAAAAUUGCACGAAGUUAUGAAACAGUUGUAGAAUUUCCCUUUAGAUUCUUAUCAAGUAUUCUUAGCAUGAGAGCUGAUCUCUGCUCUAAACAUGAUGUUGGUAUUCGUGUAGACACUGGUAGUAGUAGUACUACUACUACUACUACUAGUAUUAGUAAUAAUAGUAGUUCAGUAGUUCUAAAACCAUCAUUGUCGUCAAUGCCAGAACAUUCAUCACUUGACAACAAUACCACUGACACCAGUGAUGAUAUUACUUUCUGUAGUAUUUCAAAGCCUACAGUAGAAGACAAUAGCAAUAAUGAUAAUGGCAAUAAUGAGAAUGAUGAAUUAUCAUCGACAGGAUUACCUAAAGAGAAACAAGCAAAAAUUAUUCUACGUGGUUAUCAGGAACAUGUGUCUGCAGCGAAAAUUGAACUCGAGAACACUAUUAACAAAUUAUUAGCUGAAGUCACUGAGAAUUUAUUCAUUCCUGUAGAGACACAUGCUCGACUGAUCGGUGCUAGAGGUAAUGCUAUUCAGAAAGUCAUGCGAGACUAUAAUGUACGCAUUGAAUUCCCUAGUAGACGAAAUAUCAAUAGCGCUAAUGAAGACGGUAAUACAGUAUUAGUAACGGGUGCACCAGAAAAUGUUGAUCAGGCAUGUGAUUAUUUGAUUUCCAAAGCAAAUGAAUUUGUAAGUUUAAUUUUUCUGUUUUUUUUAUUGAAACAUUUUACUCAUGUCAAUCAACAUGUGUGAUUUUAUGGAGUUAAGAAUUAAUAUUGAUUUCUAUGUUUUAUUUAUUCUGUAAUAAUGAAAGGAAAUUUCUCGAUAAAUAACAUAAAAGAAUGUUACUGAUCAGUUAAUACCCCAUUUCAUGUAGUGUAGUCAUAUUAUAUUAAUAUCAAAUUAGCCCCCAAAUGCCCUGGUAUGGUCGAGAGUACGGAGACUUCGCUCUCCCUCUCGAAAUGCUCUCACAUGGCCACGCGUAUAUAGCCUCGGCCAGGGAAGUCCUACUCACUGCCUUCUCGUGGUUGGGGUGUUGUUUACGAAAAUGAGAGGACGAAAAGCGAAUGUCCGGCGCUUUAACCGGAUUCCAGUAUCCUCCGGGAACAAAUGACGUAUGAACCAAUUGUUGGUCACCGGUUUCCAUGGGACUGCAUCUCCUUAAGAUGCUCCACUGUCUUUUGGAUCAGACAUUCAGGUCGAAGGCUCGGGGAGUGGCCCCCUAAGGACACCACCUGCUUCGGUUUGGUCACCCGAGCAGUAUCACAACCCUCACACAUAUCGAAUGAGGUUUGUGUGGCGCAUAUAUAUUUGGUGCCUCUUUGUACCAAUAUCUGUGUGUUGAAAUAAAUAAUAUCAAAUUAUGUUGAGAGGUGUUUAUUUGUUCUUCAAUUUUCCUUGGAUUUCUAAAGCCUAAUAAACUGUCUGAAAUCAAUAAGUCAUAUGCAACAUAGAAUCUGGCACGUAUAUAUGUGUUGCCAAACUAUGUUCGUAGAGAGAAAUGAAAUUGUCUAGGCAAAUCUCAGUGCAGUGAAAGUAAUGACAGCAUCAGUAAUAGUAGACAAGGUUAGAUAAUGGUAUUAGAUUUAUUGGUUCAUGACCUAGGCAAAGAGAUAAACUUUUUCUGUGCGCAAAUGAUAUAUAUAUAUAUAUAUAUAUAUGACUGGUCUUAGUUUCAUGGGUCUCUUCUUCGAAAGAGAGUUGAUGUAUGUGGGCUUUCUUUGCUUUAUGUUUCAUCCGUAGAAUUCAUGAAUUCCUCCUUGUCUCCCUCUCCUUCAUGUUUAAAUGUAACGUUUUCAGGUUAAAUUAUGGAAUCUUAAUCACUUUUGAAUGAACUUCCGGUUUUACAUUCAUCAUUAGUAACCACCGGCAUUCAUUUAUUUUUUUGUGUGCAAAGAAGCUAUUCUGCUUGACUUUGGUAGUCAUUCAUAUAUCUUUUUUAAUCAGUUUUAUAUGUAAUGCGCUUAGUUAGUUUUAUUCUUUUAGAAUUCCUUUGCGGUAUAAAUAAGCAAAUUUUGCGGUUUCGUGAAAAUUUUAUGCACCUUAAAGAUAGUUCUCAUCAUUAACUAACAGAUGUCGAGAUGGAAUAAUCAUUGAAGAUAACAAACGUUGUCAUAGUCUCUGCGACUUCUACAUCAGUGGUGCAUCAUCGCACAUCGACCUCUACACAUGAGAUCACAGCAGUAAUCUUCAUUUGCCAUGUCCAACUCGGUGGACCAGUAAGGAUAUUGUAUUGAAACCCAAAAGACUUCACAUUUUACAAUUUUAUUGUUAUGUGAUAUAUCAUUUAAAAUCAUAAGGAAUGCAUAAUUAUCUAAUUAUCCACUAAGUUGACCAUCUAUAAAAUCAUGGCUUUUCAUCAGAACAUCGAAAAAUUUAUCUGUAAGCAAAUACUGUAAGUUUUUUUUCUAGGAUUAGUCAAUAACGUCCUGAACUACUACUACUACUUGCUACCUGAGCUUUUUCUCAACAGUACUAUAGGUAAUGUCAAUUUUUUUGUGUGCAAUAAAGAUUACAUUCAAAUUAUUACUUACUGUUAGCUUACAAAGAUGGAUUUAGUAAAGUUAAAUAAUAUUUUGUUGUUAGUGCAUACAAAGAUUGGAUUUUCUACUUGCUAAUUCUUUCUCUUUUUGAUUGCAUUUUCAUAACGAAUAAAGAUUGCGCAAAGUGGAUUGUCCAAUACUAGGCAACGAUUGUUUGAAGAAGAAAUUUAAACAUCUAUCUAUGUCCUAUGUGGUUAUUGGCGGCAAUCUGUGCUGUUAUUUUUCGUUUGUAUACCCUGAACACGGAGUUGGAUACAUUCAUUGUUAUUGUUGGUUGUCGUCACACCAUCUUUUUGUCUACACUCAAUAAAUAAAUUGGCUUCCUUGGACAGGAAUCAUUAAAUCACAAAAAAGUGUCUUGUGUGCCUUAAUCUUCUGAUUUUUUUAUUGAUGAAAUAAACCAUUUAUUUUUCAUUUGAUAUAUAUAUUUAUGUAUUUGUGUCUGUUUGUUAGUUUUCUUGUCUUCGGCACUAUCUCUCCCUUUUUUCUCUGAUAAAACCUGACCAGUUUUUUUUCACUAUUCCCUCUAUGUAAUCGAUCAUCGCACACAUGAAUAAGGUUUUGUUAUUGCAUGAAAGAUAUUGUUAUGUUCUCAUCCACUAUUUAAUUGAUUGCAUAUAUGGAUGAUGAAAUUACAAACUACAGUAAAAGUAAACAAACAACUUUCUUUACUCUCUGUGUGUUUAUCUUUUUAUUUCUCUACUCAUUUAUUAUCAAUCUAGAAAAUUGCAUAACUAACUGAUCAAUUGGUAGUAAACCUGUACUAAAAAAUUCACACGUACAUACAUGGAUUUCUGUGAAGACAAUGCGAUAUUUUGUCCCAUUGAGACUGUCGGUGUUUAUUCUUUCCUGUACUGUUUUGAUUUACAUUAUUAUAAUACUACUCUCUUACUGUCUCUGAUAGACACACUUUUCUUUCUAAUCCCAAUUAAAACAAAAUAGAACAAAUAUUCACUAAAAAGAAAGUGGUAAUAAGGAAUAAAACAAAAUACUUUGGACAAUUUUUAAAAAAAAAGACUUUGAACAACAAUAACAAAAUGACAGCAUGUGGGAUUUGAUUUAUUUUAUUUGAUUGCCUUUUUUCUUCAAUAAACUUUUGUAGUGU